CUCUUCACCAUCUUCCACCUCUCCAUUCAGUUCACCCAGAACCUUUUAACCAGCCAUCCGGUGAGAAAGCACAUUCUCUUAACACAUUCAUUACCUGAACCCCCCAAAAUCCACAAUGACCGACUACGCAGCCCGUGACGCCGCUCUAUCCUGCCGCCUCCAGUGCCCCGUCACCAAGAGACCAUCUCUCGAAUACAGCAAAAUGGCAGACCAACAAGGAGACUGCAGCAUGCUUUGGAUCUCCGGCGAUAAGAAGAAAGUACUGAAAGCGCCGCAAGCCUGGCACCUCGACGGCUGCACCGAAAAAGAAAGAAUCAAGUACAAAAUCUUUGAGAAAGAGUCAGUGGAAUAUUUGGACCGCGAGAAGGAGAUAUAUAGACAUCUCGGCAGGCUCGAGGGACUUCUUCCCUACUUGGAGAUUACUGAUCUCGGCAUUGAAUUCCCGUACAUCAAGAAUGGAACUCUACGGCAAUUCCUACGCAAAUCGGGUGAUGAUAUGAGAUGCUUCAAGGGGCUUAGUUGGAUUAAGAGCGCUCUGACAACCUUCGCUUUUAUCCAUGAUAAGCGCGUUCUCCAAGCAGAUAUUAGCGCCCGAAACUUCCUUGUCGCAGACGAUCUUUCGCUCCUCCUCUGCGACUUUUCUGGUUCAAAGAUCGGCGACAAGAAGAAUUUAGUUCGUCCGGAAACUCGCUAUGAGAAGUUUCCAGUCACUGGGAAUAGGGAGAUUUCCCUUGCUACUGAGAUCUUUGCUAUUGGGAGCUUGAUCUAUGAGAUUAGUACGGGGAAGAGGCCGUAUGAUGAGAUGGAUGAUGAAGAGGUUGAGAGCUUGUUUAGGCAGGGCGUGUUUCCUGAGACGGUGAAUGUGCGUUUUGGGUCCAUUGUCGCGAAGUGCUGGUAUGGAGAGUUUGAGUCGGUUGAGGAGAUAUUGGAAGCGGUUCUUGUUGCAGAGAAGACUGACGUGUGAAGGGUAUGUACG